AUGACACCUGCUGUGGCCUGGCUCCUGUUCCUCCAGAUUGUUCUAGGACAAACUAUAUUUAUGGACUCUAGACUGAAGGCUGCCAUCAAGAACUUUCGCAACUUACACAUGGACUAUCCCAAGCUUAGUUACCCACAGGAUUUCCAGGGCUACUGUAAUGGUCUGAUGGCCUAUGUACGGGGCAGGCAGGAAAGCUGGCAUUGCCCAGUGAAGCAUUACGUAAUACAUGCCCCCUGGACAACCAUUCGCAAGUCCUGCAGUCACUGUGAGAACUUCUGUGAGAAUUAUAAUGAAUACUGUACAGUCACCCAGGAGGCCUUCCCCCUUACAAUCUGCUCUCUGUUCCCCAAACAGCCACCCACCAGCUGCCUCUACAAUGAUACCCUAAUCAACCGAAGGCUCUACCUUCUCUGUUCCCAAAAGUACGAUGCUAUACCGAUAAGUAUCAUUGGCAUCUACUAG